AUGAGGUUGCCAUUUUGUGGCUCAUUUUGUUGUUCUGAUGCGCUGCAGCUGUUUGUGCAGUGUGCUAUCCAGGAACGUUGUUUGACAGGCAUUUUGACGUAUCCGUCUUAUGCGUCACAGCGUGAAACGGUGACCCAGACUUUCGAUGGCUGGGAAAUGGUAGCGGAGGAGCGAGGCGAGGCGAGGAAGAGGGCAGAAGACCGUGGUGGUGGUUUAGUUCUCGGGGUUCGUAAUAACAAGGAGGAGCGGGAUUACUGGCUGAAAAAAUAA